CCGAACCGGAAGUACUUUUGGGAAGCGGCUCAGAAGCGAUACAGUGGGAUUGCCUGGAUUCUCGCUUUCAAUUUGGAGUGAAGUUGUUCCAAGGUUUUGCUCUGUGAAUAUCUGUGCCAACGUUACAGGAAACAAUUAUGCCACAAACACUGCCUUUAGAUCAAAUACAGAUUCCUGUAUUGGAUAAAAGGACUGGGAAAACCCAACACUUGCCAGCAUUGCACCCAAGCAGGAAAGAAGAUCGCCACUUUGUGUUAUACAAACCUCCACCUCAGGAUGGCACACCAGCUCUGGUGGAAGAAUUUCUGGAGCGUGCAAAUUUCAUUGCUAAUGAUCUGGAUUGGUUACUAGCCCUUCCUCAUGAUAAAUUUUGGUCCCAGGCUAUUUUUGAUGAAACUAUGCAGAAAUGUUUGGACUCUUUCUUGCAUUACACACCUCGUCAAUAUGAUGAAUUUAUGAACCCAAACCCAGCUGUACAAGAGGUGCAAAAACAUCUUCAUCGCAGCGUUUUUAUGAUCUUUCUGAGGAUGUCCACCCACAAGGAAUCCAAAGAACACUUUAUUACUCCUGAAGCUUUUGGAGAAAUAAUCUAUGAUGGUUUUCUCUUUGACAUCCCAAAGAUCUUUGAUUUGUGUGUAAUAUUUGGAAAAGGAAAUGCUGCUCUCCUUAAGAAGAUGAUCGGAAACAUUUUUAAUCAACAACAAAAUUACUUUAAUGAUCUGAAUGAAACGGUGCCUACAAUUCUCCAGGUAUUUAGUAGUAUUUGUGACAAGUGUAACUUAAGGUUGGAAAAUCAUUCACAUUGGCCACAGAAGAUUGGUUUGAGCAUCAAAGUUUCACUCCUGGAUAUGCCUCUACAGGAAUUUAAGGAUAUUUUGCUAUAUCUAUGUGAUACCUGUACUGCACUUUUUGCAUUCUUGGAUAUCUUUCCUGAAGCUAGCAGGACAAUACAAAAGCAUGACUUUAUUCAUAGGUUAGCCUCAUUUUAUGAAGUAAUUGUCCCUGAACUAGAAACUGCAAUCAAAAACAGACGAUUUGAUGAAACUAGUUUACAGGAAGACUUGUGGAAGAGGCUUUCUCACUCGAGGAAAAAAAUGAUUGAAACUUUUCAUUGCAUCAUUAACUACAUUUGCCUUCAGCCUAUACUAGAAAAUGGAUCUGAACAUAUUCUGCCUUUCAUAGAAGAUUUCCUUCAGAUCUUUACAGCUCUGCUACACCAGAAGCGGUUUCUGAUGGACUAUGAUGAGCAAUUUCCAGUGGCAGAUGAUAUCAGCCUUCUACAACAGGCAUUUCCUGCACUUGAUGAAACUAGAACAUCUUAUAUCACCAAAGCUGUUGACAGUGCAUGGGAAGCUAGUGGUAGGAACAAACCUACCUUUGCCACUGGAAAUGCUCUCAUUCAACAUGCCUCUUGUAGCAACGAAAUUUCAGCUGUAAAUGGUGAAACGGAGCAAGAGCUUAAACAGCCAGAAUAUGAAAAUGAUGAUCAUUGUGCAGGUGCAACAGCUGCCAAAAUAACAGGAGUUGAACUGGAGUCUCUAAUUUUUCAAGUGAAGGACAUUCUAUCACACCUUGGGGAAGGCUUCAUUCUUGAAUGUCUGGAAGAAUAUAAUUACAAUGCAGAAAAAGUAAUUAAUGAUAUCCUUGAAGAUAAAAUAGCACCUUCACUUCGCAAAUUAGACAGAACUCUUCAGAGGCAGGUGAAAAAAGAAGAAGAAUCAAUUCUGUCAACACGACAAAAUGUAUUUGACCAUGAUGAGUUUGAUGUUUUCAGCAAAAAUUCUGUGGACAUGUCCAAAAUCUGGAAAGGCAAGAAAAAAGGGAAAGAGGGAACAACGCUGCUUGAUGAUAAAACACACAUUGCACAACAGAAGGAAAGAUAUAAUGCCUACAGUGUAGUAGCCGAGGAAGCACCAGUAGAAGACGGAGUCCAGUUUUAUGCAGGCGACUAUGAUGAUGAAUAUGAUGAUACUUAUGAUGGCAACCAAGUAGGAGCAAACGAUGUGGAUUUAGAUGAUGAACUAAUCAGUAGAAGACCAUUUACAAUCCCUCGAAUCCUGAGACAAAAAGAUGAUGAGGAGGAAAAUUAUGAUGAAUCUGAAGAGGAAGCACCAAAGGAGGAAGUUCCAAAGAGGGAUCUGUUUGUACAGGACCCAGCAUUGCUGAGGGAAAGAGCAGAGGCAAGACGUGCUACCUUCAAUGCCAGAAGAGGGUUCAAGCAUGACUCUAGUGCUGCUGUGGGGAAUGUAAGAGGCCAAGGGCAAUCGAAAGAAACACUAAUAGAGAGAAGAAAGAAAGAGGCCAAUAAAUCCCUUCGAGCUAAUCAUAAUCGGCGAUCACUUGCAGAUAGGAAGAGGAACAAAGGAAUGAUUCCAUUUUAAUUAUUUUUCAAACAUUUUUGCCUCCAUCACAAACUUAUUUGCCUCCAGUGGCCAUUUCUAGCUAGUAAAUUGGGCUCCUAACUUUCCACAAUUUCUUCUCUCAGGCAAUUAUAGCCAAAUGUGAUGUACAGUAAGGUAUUUCCAUUUUUCUCCUCAAGAGAAGGUGUUCAAUCUUUGAAAUAUUUUGCCACAUUAUUUGUCAUGUCAGUUGGCCAAUUUACCUUCUAUUGGCUUGUUUGAAUGACAAGUCAAAACAACUGAAAUAUAGUGAUACAGUUAGAAUAUCAGCUUUGGAGUGACUGGAGUAGUCAUCUUUUGUUUAUUUACUGUUAACUCAAAUAGAGUUGCUGAAUACAGCAGUGCCUCUGCGUAUUUAGUUGUGCUCAAAUUUGCCUGUAAUUCAUAAUCUGCAAUACAUUUAAUACCCUGAACAUUAUUGCUAAACUACUGUAAAAAUCUAUCAACUGCAUUGAUUGAAAUUUUAUUUUUUAAUGAGAAAAGACAAUUUUUGAAUACUAUUUUUCUUGUGGUGUUACUGUAACCUUCACAGUCCCAAAAGUGUUUCUGUACAUCCUGCUCUUGAAUCUUUCACUGGUGUUGAGUUUGCCCAUUUGACCUGGACUGCUCAAAACAUGGUAAACCCUUUACUUCAUGAUUCAUUUGAGAAAAUAUUGAUGUAGAUUUGCUCUCCCGAGAUGCAUGGCAGAGCACAAUUGCGGUCUGACUUAUAAUCAUUUAAAUGUGGGUUGAAAUAGAUUUAUCCUCAAUUUUGAGGAUGGCUUCAAGCAUGCAGACUGUAGAUAAUGUGCACAAUUCAUCAUUUUUAACUCUUUACCAUUGAGGCCACAGCAGCAUCAGAAACACUGAGUUAUGUAGUGCAACAUUGCUUGUUUUGCACAAUCUUGAUUCCUUUUUUUAGUAUGGAAUAUUUACAUAAUCUACCCUCUUUUUAUUAAAACCAGUUUAUUAGAGUACAAUUUAAAAUAUGACAAAUGUUCACAAGGAAUUUUAAAAUAAAGACAGCCCUUGGUC